AUGGACGAUGGAUUUGCAUUGAGAGACGAAACAAUUCGUCUUCUAGCAGUAAGAGUGAAGGAGUUGGAACAAGACAAGAUUCAGAGAGAAAGUUGGCCAUUCCAGUUUGGUGAAGCUGAAACCGGAUAUGCUUCCGGAGGGAGAAGAAGAGAUAAGGAUGGUGAUGAAGAGGCUAAGAUGCAUGGUGAUAAGGAGGGUGAUGAAGAGACUGAGAUGAAUGGUGAUAAGGAGGGUGAUAAAGAGACUGAGAAGCAUGGUGAUAAGGAGGGUGAUGAAGAGGCUGAGAAGCAGUGUUUGGAUGAUUAUGAGGAGGCUGAGAAGGAUGGUGACAAACAGAUUGAGGCAGAGGCUGAGAAGGAUGGUGAUGAGGCAGAGGCUGAGAAAGAUGAAGAGAAACAGAUAGAGGCAGAGGCUGAGAAGGAUGGUGAUGAGGUAGAUGCUGAGAAAGAUGGUGAGAAACAGAUUGGGGCAGAGGCUGAGAAGUUGAUGCAAGAUACUGAAGAGAGAUUUGAUGAUGAUGGAGAUGAGCAAUCUACACUUCAAAUUAUGGCAGACACUGCAGAUAGAUUUGAGAAGGCUGCUGCGGAAAAAGCUGCUGCGGACAAGACCAAUGAGGUUGUAGAUGAUGAUGAUGCUUUGGAGAAGGAAGGUGAGGUUGGAGUUUAUGUUGCUUUAGAGGAGGCAGCUUCGGUUGGAGUUGAUGAUGCUUUAAAGGAGGCAGCUUCGGUUGGAGUUGAUGAGAUGCCAAAGAGGGUGUCCAAGCGUUCUCAUUUGUUGAGGUCUCCUUUUACGCCAAACUGA